AUGGCUUCGAAAAGAAAACGUGUUGUGCUAUCGUUAGCGGACAAACUGAAAAUUAUAGAGCAACUCGAUAAAGGUGUAACGGGUAAGAAGUUGUCUGAGAUUUAUGGUGUUGGACAAGCAACAAUUUCUGACAUUAAAAACAGUCCAAUCCUUUGUGAAAAAGCCAAAAUCUUAGCAGAAAAGCUUGGUUAUUCAUCUUUUGAGGCUAGUAACGGCUGGCUAAGGAAUUUUAAAUUCAGGCAUGGUGUACGCGAGUUAGAUUUGGCUGGUGAGAAGCUUUCAGCAGACUCUGCAGCUGCUGAAAAUUUUAUUGAAAAAUUUAAAACUGCAUCAGAAUCCUAUGAUCCGGAGUUCGUUUAUAAUGCCGAUGAAACUGGCCUUGUUUGGAAAGCAUUACCAAAAUCCAGUUUGGCUUCUAAAAGGGAAUCUAGUGCCUCUGGACAUAAGGUCAGUAAAGAACGUGUUACAGUGCUUAACUGUGCCAACUCCACUGGAAAUCAUAAACUGCCACUUCUUUUGAUAGGAAAAUCAAGAAAUCCAAGAGCAUUUAAAAACGUAAAAAAACUUCCACCACUGCAGCUUUGUUUACCGAAUGGAAAAGAAGGCAGUAAGGUGCUUUUAAUUGUUGAUAACGCACCCACUCAUCCUACAGCAGAACUGUUGGAAAGAGAGAAUGGGCAGUUUAAAACGACGUUUUUGCCUCCCAAUGUUACAAGUUUGCUGCAACCCAUGGACCAGUCUGUUAUUGAAACAAUGAAGCGCCAUUACAGAAGGCAACUGCUGAGAAAACUGCUGAUCGAAGGUGCUGAAGAUGAAGAAUUGGUUUUGGAAAAUCAUAGCAAAAUAAAUUUAAAGGACUGCUGUUACAUGGUAGCGGAAGCUUGGAGUUUGGUUACGGCAGUGACGUGCGUGGAAUAA